AUGUCUUGGAGAGUUCGUCAUUUUUUGAAACAAGUGCGUGAAAAUAAAGAGGGUGAUGAGCGUAAAAAAGCGUUGACCCAAAACAAGGAAUUUUUCAAGGAGACAGAUAAUUCAACUAUUGAUAAUCAGCUUGUUACAUUAUCUGACUCACCGAAGAACGACGUAACUGAAAAUCAUAAUCCACCAACUUGUUUUGAAACCAAAGAAACUAAGAAGGAUUUUGAGACUUUGUCACCCCUCAGUACAAGUUUGGAAAGUCGUUUUAGUCCCUUAACUACUCUUAAAGGCAGAUAUAUUAACUGGAAUAGAAAACAUAGUGAUUUGGCAGCACAACCUUGGUGCUGCAUUAGUGAUAUAAUUCAUUUUUGUGACAAACAUGAAUACCAAACACUGAGCCUUAACGACCCCAGUCAAAAUAAUAAAAUUGUUUCCGAGGUCAAAUUUCUUUUAAUUGACGGCAAAGCUCCUUUUGAUCUAUGUAAACGGUUUCCUGGAAAUAUAAAAAAUCCAGAAGAUUUGUGGAUUUGUAUUAGUCGUUGUGCUAGUGUCGAAUAUCAUCUGAAAAAAAUAUUGAGCCUGUUUCGUAGACCUCUCGCCCGGUUGGUGGUCGAUAAGCAACGAGUGUUAAGACAAAAUUUCCACUUGGCAGUGAGUGAAUUACGUUUGGAUAUAUCAGCUCACAUUAGUACAGUUAAUCUAUAUGACCGAAAUAUAUUCGAACAUGAAUUUCAACUACGAUGGGAAGACAAGGUCGAUUAAAGUGUGUAAAAAAUAAUGUUUUGUUAUAACUUCAAAUAAAUCUUUUUUGUAUUUUAUUAUAAUAAAAGUGUUGCAUAUAUUUUUUUGCUUAUUCUAUAUAAA